AUGAUCUCGAGCGGUCGAGGUGGUGCCGGCAAUGUCCGAUCGCCUUCGCGCGACCCUCUUGACCGAAAGAAGGCUGCCGAAGCACAGGCACGCGAGGACAAGCUUCAAGAAGAAUACCGCUCCCACGACUCCAAGGUGGCACACUCGACUGGCCGUGGUGGUGCCGGCAACAUUGCUACCACCGGAGACGCUGAAGAGCGUGGACGUGGCCGCGACUCGAACGGCACUAGUGGCGGAGGAGGUGUCGCAGGUCUGCUGAGGUCGCUGUCGAGGUCUCGAUCACGCGAGCCACGAGGCAACGGUAAGGAUUCGCCCAAGAACCGUUCUCAGUCUCGACCUCGUGCGUCGGAGUCGAGCAAGCUCGCUCAGGUCGACGAGACUUCGCGCAGCAGCGAAGAGGAGACCGCGUACUCUGCUUCCACCCACAAGGGCCCCAACGGCGGAGUCUAA